AUGUAUUGUGCCGAUAUGCCUCAUUACGACGAGAGUUUUAUCCACGAUGAUAAUCAGAAUCAAAGAAGAAAUAAACGCAGCUAUCGUGUUUAUAAAACGGGGCUAAAUCCUAAAGGUUUUAUAGAAUCUAAUGAUGUGAUUCAUGCCCUUGAAGGAAGAGGGACAAAUGUUAUCAAAAAAAAUAUUAUGAAUAUUAAACAACGUGGUCGAUAUAAACCAGAAGCAUCAACAUCACCGUCUAUUUCUAAAAAAACUGACUUAUUCGUAAGUCGUUAUCCCCGUAUAAGCACUUUUGAUCCCAAAAAGCUCUAUGACAUACGCAAUAAUAACGUAGUUUCGUUGACACCGUGUAAGAGUUUUGACAAUUUGACAUUUAGAUAUGGUAAGAGAGAUUUGUAUAAAGAUAAAAUAAGAAACGGAACAAGCCUCCAGAAUUUAGUACCCGAAGAUAAAUUAAAACACUUUAUUUCGCCUAUUGAAGAUUGUCAAGGAUCACGAAAAGGAGACGUUAGAAAUUCUUAUUCAGUCGUAGAAGCUCGCAGAAAACCUGUGCAACGUCGUUUCUCGCGAACCACUGCAGCUCCAGGUGUUGGAGUGUACAGAAAAAUUUAUGUAGAUGGAAUUGAAGGUGACCAAAAUGAAAACGAGGUUUGCGGUGAAGCAGGUUCUGGGCAUCGUGGAUCACUGCGCGGCGCCAACAAACUAGCUCGGCGUGCGCGCUCCUUCAAGGACGACCUACUCGAGCGCAUCUCGAACAUGCGUUCGCCGGCGCAGCCUCCCCAUCCGCCGCAUCUCGCCCCAAAUAUCAGAUCUCACUCCCCACUUAGUCCGAAGCCUCGAAACAUGGGUGCAAAAACGGUCACGGAGGAAGGUGAAAUCACCCCUGCCAAAGAACUCGAACGGCUAGUCAAAGAGGUAACAUUCGGGCUAAAACAUUUCUCUGAUGUCAUCACAAAGCGGAAACUCGAAAUGUUGCCGGACAACGGCACUAUUGUUUUUGAAUCGAUCGCAAAUAUACACAAAGCAAUAAAGCCGUACUGCAGCCGGUCGCCACAGCUAACGGGGGCAGUGAAACGUCUAUGUACAGCAUUAGCGAUGCUAAUACGUCUAUGCGACGAGGUGACAGUGGUGAACUUGCGGCGUGACGCAGACGAGGCUGAAACGGAAGUGUCGACUGCGGCGCUGUCCCCCGAGCACGUGAGCUCGGUGGUGAAGGGCGUGACGUCGGCGGUGGAGGAGGUGGCCGGCCUGGCGCAGCAGCACAUGACCAGGCCGGCAUUGUCCCCACGCCCCGCGUUGGUCUCGCCGCGAUCGACCCAGAGGAACUCUUUACCCGAUAUUCCCCUAACGCCAAAAGAGUUAUCAUUGCUAAUGGGAGAGCCGGGCACGGAGAACAGCGGCGUGCGCGCGUCGCAUUCCUCAGAGUCCAUAUUGGACGCGCCGGACUCUCCUCCGCCGAAACCCGCUAGACCUAACCAGAAGGUAGAGCUGGCCCCGCCGCUGCCGCCCAAGCGCAAGCCCACCGACAACUCCCUACAAGGGCUCUCUAUGGACAGAUUAUCUCUCCAGUCCCACAGCAGCGGCUCGCUGGACUCGAUGCUUAAUGUGUCCAACGACGAGGAGAGGAAUGCACACGACUCUAUGAACCAUGAAGUGUUCGUGACCGCACCUAACUCUGACUUAGGUAUCUGCAGCUGCAAUAAUAUUAAUGAUAUGCGAACGUCGGUAGAGUCGCACGAGUCUCACAUGAACAAUGUCCACGGCCAUUCCAACCACAAUCGCUUCUCCAACGAGUCCGGUUUUGUGUCAGUCGGUCAAUCGGAGAUAUCUACAGAACACAGUUUCACAUCGACAUUUUCUUCGCAUCACUACUCUAGUCAUACGGACAGUACUUUUGAAAGUACAGAGUAUGUGAGCGAAACGAAGUGCACUAUGCAGAGCGUUGAGGGCCGCAUGAAUAUGUUCAGUGUGAGCGCGGCGGCCGCGCACAGCUCAAAGUUGGCGAGCAUCACGUCGGACGAGAGCGAGACGCCGCCCGAGCUGCCGGUGAAGACGCGGCGCAACCUACGCGCGGACAUGCAGCAGUACUUCCCCAAUGUUGAAAUUAGGAACACGCCGCCAUUCCCGCACGAGGCGCGGCCGCACACGCUGGCCGAGCACAACCACCAGCGACCGCCCCCGCUACCUCUCAAAAAGAAACACAUGUUUCAAAGCGUCGCGUACAGCGUCAUGGCCUAUAUGGAGAUGUUCGGAAACUGCAGUCAUACACUCAACGCACAUCCGCAGAUUAAUUCGGAGGCCCCCGCAGAUAUGUUCCGGCACUCAAUACACACGUAUAAUUUAACGAGUGCGGGUGCGAUAAGUGUGGGUCAUCAUCAAGUGCAAAGGACGAUGGCUUCGUCGCUGACUGUUCAACAGUUAAGCACACCGCCGCUCAGUGGUUCAGAAGACAGUGUAAGUAUGAGGACGUCGAGUAGAACUAGUCCGGUGCCCCCGGAGCCGCCGGCGCUGCCACCAAAGAUGAAAAAACAAACUAUAUCAAUGAAUUCGAGUAACGAGCUGUUACCGCCGCCGUCGCCACGGCCGUCGUCGCACAACAGCUCAGCCGAUGAGUCUAUUAUGAAUAAUGUGAGUUCCGAUGAUUUGUACGUGAGUUCGUCGUCGCCGGGCAAGUUCCCCGUGGACGAGGACGAGCUCUCGAGGAUGGUGCCGGUGCCCUCCCCCGCACCCUCACAGAGAAGUGAAAGCAGUACAGAGCCGGCGCCGGCCGCGGCCGAUACAAACGCGACGCUCACGUCCGACGCAGACGACAUCGUCCUACACACUGACGUGAAUAGCUGGCUUAUAUUAAAGGGCGCCACCAAAGAAGGCACGGAGAUACGGGAAGUGCGCGGCGGACAUCCGGACGCUCUCAUCGUACUCGCCACUAAAGCUACCAAAGAUUUUGCGUACCAAGAAGCGUUCUUAGCGACAUACCGCACGUGGGUGUCGCCCAGCUCGCUGGUGCACAAGCUGGUGCGGCGCGCGCGCCACCACCGCCCGCGCCCGCAUGAGCUGCGCUCCACGCUGAGUCUGCUCACCAGGGUCGUUGCUGAUCUCACGAUGGCAGACCUCGACCGACCACUGAUGCAGGAAAUAAUGGAGUUCAUCUACUGGCUAGUCGAAGCGGAGGAACUGCCUAUAUCAAAAGCUUUGAGACAAAUACUUGUUGAUAAGCAAAAACAGUUACAUUUCCAAAACACAAGCAACAGAUACGAGUACGACACGCCCUGCUACGGCACGGUGUCGCUGCGGCGCGACACGCUGCUGGACUUCAAGUCGCACGAGCUGGCCGACCAGAUGACGCUGCUCGACUCGGCGCUGUUCGUGCGCAUCACCUCCGCCGAGAUGCUGUCGUGGCCGCGCGACCAGUCCGAGGAAAGCUCGCCCAAUCUGACACGCUUCACUGAACACUUCAAUAAGAUGAGUUAUUGGGCCAGGUCGAGGAUAUUAGAACAGUACGAGGCUCGCGAACGUGAGAAGUACGCGAGCAAAGUGCUGAAAGUGAUGAAGGAGCUACGCAAGAGGAACAACUUCAAUUCGUACCUGGCGCUGGUGUCUGCGCUGGACUGCCCGCCCGUGCAGCGCCUGGGCUGGCCCGAGCGCGUGGCCGACGCGCUGCGCGACCACUGCAAGCUCAUCGACAGCUCGCACUCCUUCCGCAACUACCGCAGCGCGCUCGCCGCCACGCAGCCGCCCUGUAUACCCUAUAUCGGUCUAUUUCUUCAAGAUCUGACUUUUGUACACGUCGGAAACCCAGACCUACUACCUGACGGCAGUAUCAACUUCACAAAGCGGUGGCAACAAUAUAACAUUAUGGAGAAUAUGAAGCGAUUCCAUAAAGAACAAUACAAGAUAAAGAAAAACGAGCGCAUCCAAGCCAUGUUCAACGAGUUCGACGACGUGCUGAGCGAGGAGACCAUGUGGCAGAUCUCUGAGACCAUCAAGCCCCGCGGCGGCCGCUCGCGCAACCAGUCCGCGCCCUCGCCGCCCGCCGCCACCGCCGCCGCCGCCACG